AUGCGCGGGCACGACGGUAUUGAGAGAGGUGGCUUUGUAAUGCUCGACGACGAGAGCAUACACGCUGUCAAGGCCUUCAGCACCACAGGCGCGAGCGAAACGGGAGAACGCGGCGAAAGCACAACGAUGGCAUCACAGCCCCUCGGAGCCCGGCAGCGAGAGUUUGGCUCUUCGUGGGGUCCGUGGCCUCUACGCACGACAAGCCGAAGGCCACAGACGUCAGCAGAGUCAAGCUCUGUUUACCCACCUUCGUCUUCGGCUGGCUCGGCCAGGUCGUCUUCCACCUCGCCUCCUUCGCCUUAUAGGCCUACGCUGGACUCGCCGCCACCGACACCGCCCGAUUACGGCAAUUCGAGGACUUGCGGCAUUUCCGAUCAGCCCCGAAUCGCAUCCGAUCUUGCGGAUGCGCGACCGAGGGAAGGGGAGCUGUUCGCAUCAAAGAGUCUUUCUGCGUCCACAGCUCUGAAGCUGGCUACUGCCACUUCUCCCUCGCGAAACGAUAUCUUUUCGCACCCGAGUCCACGUCUCGCACCUGCUCCAAAGCUUCCGCGAAAGUCUGCCGAGCCAGGAAUAGGAGACUCUCCAGCUAGUAUGAAAAGUCGAAAUAGCCUUUUCUUCGACAGUCCUUCUGUCGAGACCGUGCUUACGCCGCUGUCGCCCUCCCGAUCUCCUCUGCCCGCACGUGCCCCUGCACUACCUCUUGUUGCACCGAAGUCAGUACGGGACAGCUACGAGGGCACCGAAGAGGGGCUCAGAGAGACGGCAUUCUCUCCGGCAACCGAUACCUCUGAACGGCCGUCAUAUGGCAGAAGCAGCACAGAGGAGCGAGAGCGAGAGCGCGAUAGGAUACGUGCAAGCAAGGACGUUGACUUCCGUCUUUGUCCUGACAAAGACUUUCUCUUGGGCGAGGGCAGGCACUGCAAUGUAUUCCUUGGCUCUUAUCGCACCAAGCAUUCGACGCGCCGACCGAGCACCUGCCAUCCACACGCUGCCAUUAACAGUGAUGACGAGCAUGACGACGAUGGAACGAGCGACUGGAGACUUUGCGCUGUUAAGCGACUACAUGCGGAUCGCCAGAGUCAAUUGCUCGGCCUAGACGAAGCCUUUGCACUACGACGAUUGGGAUAUCAUCCCAACGUUGUGCGCCUCAUCGACGUCAGAGACGAGGUAGAAUUGGCGGCAACAAGCCCUCAGCCGGGUGCCACUUCAGGCUCGUGGGCCGGAAAUUGCACCUCGAUGGACCUUAUCUCCUCAACCGAAUCGCAGCAAAGCAAUUUCUACCACGGCCGAUCCAUCUCCUCGGCCCUACCUCGUACUGCUAUUUCUCCCGAUUCCCUUGGCCCUCGCGUUCCUCGCGUUGAGCGGCCGGAGUUAUCUAGCAAGAUUCAUCGUCGCCUUGGAUCACAGCCUCUACAUGAUAGUGAAAGAAACUCCAUUGAGCCUCCAAUGCUCCGAGUUGCUAGUCCUGAUGACGCUGGAAACGGCAGGUCGAUGUCGAGGAGCCCGUCCACAUCCGGUGGACUGGACACCCGCCGUGAUAUUUCGACGGAUCGCCCGCAGUCCAGCUCAUAUUCUGCAGAUCCCCCACGCCUUUUGAUCUUGCUCGAGCUACUGCCUAUUUCGCUGGCAACAUUCUCAAGGAAGCACCCAGAAAGCGUGGACCUGCGCCAAUGGUCAACCUGGGCCUUGCAGCUGGCACGAACGGUCCAAUGGAUGCACGCUCGAGGGUGUGUGCAUGUGGACAUCAAGCCAGAGAAUAUUUUGGUAUGUCAUGGAGCCAUCUGAGAGGAAGCGGAGCUUGAGCUUACAUUCCUGUCUUUCCUCACCUGUGAAUGCAUCAGCUUUCUGAAGGCUUGGCCGUAAAGCUGUGUGACUUCAACUCUGCAGUCUUCCCAAGCGCAGGCACUCCGCUGCUUGACGGAGCUGGGCUAGGCACGCCCGCGUAUGGUGCGCCCGAGCUGACGCGGGGAGCGUCAAGCUCCAGCCGAAACGGAUUUUCUUAUCCUGUAGAUAUUUGGAGCGUGGGAGCAGUCCUCUACUCGCUAGCGAUCGGAGUCGCUCCCCUCGCCAAAAGCAGAUCGAUGAUCGAUAUGUUGUACCGGAAGCGCGCGUUCUUUGAAAGCGAAGAAAACGAUCGCGUCGCUAGGAUCCACGUCGCUGGUGGAUACAAUGGCAGCGUAGCAGGAAGCAAUGCUGCGAGUCGGAACAGCAGCUUGCGUGGUCGAAAUCGCCGCACCGCUCGACAGUCGGCAUCCGAAAACGUUGCGAAUAUCGCUGGCUAUACGCCGCAAAGCCACUCUUUGCGGCGCGAAGCGAGCAUGGAAAGUAUCGACAGCGUCAGCAGCAAUAUCUUACUGGAAGACGGCCGUCGCACCGUUCCACUCAGAGCCGUGAACAUGCUGUUGAGCGAUGCUCCCUUGAUUGGCGUCUUGCCAACGGAUCAUGUGACCUUAAAGGGAGCAGCCGAGUCGGAGCCUAGCCGGAAUUGCACCAUCGUCGCCGCCGCUCAACACCAUCGCACAGCUUCCCUGGGCAAAGCGCAUUUGGCUUCCAAGCACCCGCAUGCACAAGUAGGUCCUCAAACCUCAACUGCGAGCGACGCCCAAUCCGCCGCACAGGUCGAGGGCCGUCCCGUGCGGCCCGUGGCAAACUUUCGUCGGGCCACAUCUUACGGCGCAGCAAAUCCCACAGUAGAAGACGACGCCUUCGUCAUGCAGCCUCCGCCUGAGCCUCUCCGCUCAUCAAUUCCUGUCAAGAAAGCGCCCACUGGCUCCAAUGGCCUGCUAUCGCCUCCGCAGUCGCCUCAAGUUUCCAUCCACCGGCUGUCUAGCAACAACACCGGAUCUCUACACGCCGGACUCGAAUCAGCUAUCUCUGCUGCAUUCGCGCACGAUGCACAUCGCGCCGGACAAGACGUCAGCUCAAUAGCGCAAGAGGCAGGCUCAAGCGUCGAGGGCAGGGCACGUAGCGCUUCGGGUGCUAGUGCUCUGGUGUUGCCACGGUCGCCGCUUUCUGCAUCGUAUCAGACACCUGAAUUAGGAGCUGAUGGACAGAACUUGCAAAUUGAUGAUGAGGAGGUAUUGGAAGAAGAUACGCGCCCUUACAAUGAUGGUACGCCCGCCCUCCUGCUGCCAGGCGGAGGCCGUUUGCCAGAUGGCGCUCGCACUCUCUUGGAACAGAUGUUGUCCUUCGACCCUGCCAGGCGACCCAGCGCUAGCCAAGUCGUGUCCGCCCUGGAGCGCUUGGCGCUGUCGGGAAGAUAA